ACCCGCCCAAACCCUAACGCUAAACAGUCCACUCACAAAACCCUACUUCUCUUCUUAUAUAUAAAUACUCUAACGUUUCAAGCGAAAAGAUUUUUCUCUGCUUAUCCUCGAAAUCGCCAGGUUGCUGCUGCUGUUGCUGAAGAAGAAAUGGGUAAAGGAACAGGAAGCUUUGGUAAGAGGAGGAAUAAGACCCACACUCUAUGCGUUAGAUGCGGUCGCCGGAGCUUCCACCUCCAAAAGAGCCGUUGCGGUGCUUGUGCCUAUCCGGCUAGUCGUCUCAGAAAAUACAACUGGAGUGUGAAGGCUAUCCGCCGAAAGACCACUGGUACUGGCCGCAUGAGGUACCUCCGCCAUGUUCCCCGCAGGUUCAAGACCAACUUCAGAGAAGGUACUCAAGCCACUCCAAGGAACAAGGGAGCUGCUGCUGUCUCCUUAUAAGUUCUACAACUGUAAUGCAACUAUUUUUGGCUUUCAUGAUUAUCAAUCUGCAAACCAGAAUUUUGGAUCAUUGUUUAAUGGCCAUAACUAGUUAUAUGUUGGAGAGUUUUUUAAGCGUUGGAGAGUUACAAAUUUUUCCUGUCAUAUUACAUUAUGAUUUUUGGUGUUUAUUACAUUUUCUUUCUCAUGGCAUGUUCAAAUAUAUUCAAUACUGUCAAUCUGAGAUGAAAUCGGAGAGCAUGCAUUUUGUUGCUGCUA